AUGGAUGCCCUUGAAGAGGCUGCAAACAGAGUUGCUCUUGCAAAGAAGAAUGACGGGAGAUUGGCUGUAGUUAGUAGAGCUGGAAGAGACGACGGAUUUGAUUUGGAGAGUCAAUCAAACGCCUUUGGUGAUCAUAAAGGGGGUUUCGAAACUUUGGCUGCGGGACUAGUUCGUGCGCCAAAAUGA